CCAAUGUUUUAGACAUGGCGGACAAGUACAACGCAGAAACUAUUAUAACAGAAACUCAGAAGAGGAUAAGUAAUGCCUUUGACGUGUUUGACCACGAAUCCAACAAGACUGUUGAUGUCCGGGAAAUAGGCACCAUCAUCCGUUCACUUGGUUGUUUCCCAUCAGAAGCUGACCUGCAUGAGAUCAUUGCUGAGCUAGAAGAAGAAGAGCCCACUGGGUUUGUACGCUAUGAGAAGUUUCUUCCAACUAUGACUAAGAUCCUGCUGGAGCGCAAGUUCCGUCCUAUCACAGAAGACCUGCUCCUUCAGGCCUUUGAGGUGUUAGAUCAACAGAAAAAAGGACACUUGGAACCAGAGGAACUGUCUAAAUAUUUAACACAAGAAGGAGAGCCCUUCACACAGGAAGAGAUGGAUGAAAUGUUGUCUGCAGCGGUUGAUCCUGAUAAAAAUGUCAUUCUCUACAAGGACUUUGUUAGCAUGAUGACUUUUGAUGACACUCGAUGAUGGCUGACAGCAUGAUGAGAUCGAACAAAUAAGUAUUUUUAUAGCUUUAUUGUAUCAAGGUAUCAUAAACAAAAUCAUCUCAGUUACCAUAAUAAAUAAUAUACUGUACAAUUUAUUUAGAAUCUUUAACCAUGGUAUGUAUCAUUAACGGUGCUCAUAUUGCCCUAAUACUCUUUGCUUGAUAAAUAGUUUGGCAAAAUUACACAUUAUGAUAUUUUACCCUAUUCAUAAUAAUUCAUAUAGCCUUUAAAGUGGAGAAUGUGUGCAAGAAUAAGAGUGUAUAUUAUAGACAGAUUAAUCAUUUAUGCUAUUAAUGAGGGAGGUUUUUUAAGGCCAGGUGUGUGUCUGAGAGCCUCAUUAUAAAGUCAGUGUGUGGUGUCCUUCUUCUGUCAGUUUCAUUAGCAGACUAUAAUACCACAGGUUUAGUGAAGGGGUGGCAUAUUCUUGCAGCUCAUUUUUUCCUAAUUAACCUGUGCCCCAUGAGUGCAUCUGUGUGGAGGAGAGACCGGGAACAGAACUGCCCCCCUGUGAACUGACCAGAGAAGCACAUUACUUAUGAUGGCCUUAACAGAAUGCAAUCAUAAAAGUUGCACACUGGUGGCAUGGCGAAUUAUGAUCUAACCUUUCAUGAAAUUACAUGCUUUUUAAAAAACGAACUUGACGGAAAAGCACAAAUUUUACAGUAUAGUUGAAAAUGUGUUUUAUGAGUUUACUUUACACACCUUCCACAAAUCGAGCGCAGCGUUAGUUCAGUCCGGCCACGGAGGCAUAGGCUGUGACCAGCUGAUGCGAUCAGCUGUCAUCGCUCAAAUCACUACCACUCUCCUAUUAGACACGGGACAUAUAUACAUGGCACCACUGCUAGGUAAGCAUGCUCAAACGGCUUGCAACCCUCCCUCCCCUUAUAAGCAUGAGCAUAUUACUGUGCACCUUCUGGUUGUCGUCUUCUUUGUUUCAAGUCUUAGCGGGCAUGGACCUCACUGCUGAGAGACACUCACCUUCAUAACCAGGCUACAGGAUAGACGUCCCACUGCCACAUCUACAUGAUUAUCACUGUUUGCUUUAAAGACAUUAUUAAGAGUCUUAAUUUUCAUGUAUUUCCAAGCUGAUGGUUCUGGGGGGGUUAAUGUUUGUAAACGUUUUUUUUUUUUUUAUGUAUCAUAAAGUAUAGGUGAAGAUUCAAUGGUCCAAAAAGGAUAGAAUGACUAUUACUCUGAGCAAUAGUAAGUUUUUAGGUUUAUGACCGUUUCCUAUUUGUUUAUGCUAAAUGUAUAUAUGUCUGUGUAUCGUAUUAUAUAUGACUGAUAAAGCAGUACUGUUUAAUUUGAAUACUGAUAGUCAUUUGCUCAUUUCUGAUUGUUAGAGUCUCAUGUGAAGCAGUGGGUUGUAGAUGGAGAAUUUAUUUGAGAUGUGUGAGCACUAGGUGGCGCUGCUUACCCAUGGUUAUUAAAUGUCCCUCCAAAUUCCUGCUGAACUAACAAUGCAACCAAAACAGUACUGGCUAUUUAUUCUCAUUCUAAUUCAAAACAACAUUUGAUAAAUUUAGAAAUAUUGCCAUAGCCUAUAUUGC